AUGGAUCGGAGAUUUUAUCUACUUGUCGCAGUGACAUUUUACAUGAUAAACAAAUUGGCAUUUGCUCAGUUUUGUGAUAUAAGUGAUCUAUUUGCCAAUUGCUCAAAGCGUGAUUUAUCAAACAUUCCUCAGAAUCUUCCUACAAAUACAACGGAACUUGAUUUAUCGGAAAAUGUCAUAACCGAAAUAGGAGCCAGAACAUUAAACAGAUAUCGUAAGCUAUUACAUUUAUACAUUGCAAACAACAAAAUAAGCUCCUUGGAUAGUGAUGCUUUUUCGGGCUUAAACGAACUAAAGGUGCUUACCCUAAUAGGAAAUCGAUUAGAUCAUACAAAAUAUCCGAACAAUGUUUUCCGUCCGCUCAGGAACAUACAAGAACUUUACUUAAAUCGAAACAUGAGGAGUCCUUCUCCGUUCGAGCCAUUUUGCAAUGGAAAACCUUGUAGAUAUUCCGAUAAAGCGUUUAGCUGGUUGGUCAAUCUUAAAGUUCUGUCAAUAGAUUUAUGUGAAAAUCCAGAGUUUGGCGAAGGUUUUUUAAAUAUGAAAAAUUUGCAGAAGCUUUCAUUUGAUUAUUGCUUAGUUUGUAAAUUAAGUAAUAAAACAUUUGGAAACUUUAGAAAUUCCAACGUCACUGUAUUGAACCUUAGUCGAUGCGAACUAUAUAAAAUAAGUAAGUCUAUUGAAGCUGGAAUUUUCAAUCCGUUUUCAACUGUGACAAGUCUAGAUUUAUCAAACUCGUACUUUAGCUUAAAGCACGCUCUGAAGCUCUUAUUUCCCUUCCGUAAUAAGAAAAUGGACAUGAUAAAUUUCCAUCGUGUAAGUCGCGGAUCUAGAACCAGUCCAGAUAAUCCAUUUAAAAUUGUUAUUACAAGUGAAAUGAUGCAAUAUUUAAAAACUAUAUGUGUGAAAACUCUUAUCAUGUCAUAUAAUGGAAUUGUUGAUGUCAGACCUAACUCAUUAUUUAGUCAUGAUCACCCAGAGUGCUUUGAAAAUAUCAUAAUGUCAGCGAAUAGUUUUUCAGUGGAAUAUAAUAUCCAAUACAUGGAGGUUCUCAAAUUAUCAAACGCCGUCAAAAAUCUGCGUCUCUUUGAUUAUUCGUACGUCCCGCUUCAGUUUUCAGACAUGAAAUUUAUUCUCCCGCCAAAUUCAAUGAUCUUAAACAAUCAUUUCCCGUCACUGUAUACAGAAAGAAAACACCCAACCAAUAUGACGUUUAAACUGCCACCAAAACUAGAAAUUUUGCGUUUCAGUUAUGUUAUGUCAGGGUCCAGUUUGUUUAGUUUGAUAUUAAAAAAUACAAAGGCACUGAAAUACUUAGAUUUAUCACAUUUUGCCUUCCAAGAAUUUCCUGAUAUUUUUAUGCCCGAAGGUAACGUGUUAGAACACGUAGAUUUUUCAGGAAUAGAUUCAAGACUUUAUGUUGAUAAGGGAGUAAUUGAACUAAUGCGAGACGUAAAAACUAUUCUCUUACGUGACGCAAACUUAGAUCUCACAUUUAGAGAAGGGAAAAAUGUUUUCAAGUAUUUUGGAAACAGUACAGUUAAUAUUGAUAUUUCUUAUAAUCAUCUAGUAACCCUUCCAAAGACAUUUGGUGUGAUAUCAAAUUUAGAACACGUCAAUUUAUCUUUUAACUCAUUCCGACAUUUUCCGAAGUCUUUGACAUCACUAUAUAAUCUCAAAAUAGUGGACUUGAGAUUUAAUCAGUUGCUUACCAUAAACAAAAAGGUUACACAAUGGGCUGACAAUGUUUUCCAGAAAACGAAUCUAUCAUUACUGUUAAAAGGAAAUGAAUUUGCUUGCACUUGUGAAAACCGGGACUUUUUGAAAUGGCUUACGCAAACAAAGGUUUUAUUGGAUACAAAUAGAACUUAUUAUUGUCAAUUUGCCAAUGGAACAAGAACAACCACUCGAUUCGUUGUAGAACGAUUUCAUGAGACGUUUUCAGAUUGCGAUGCAAUCGCUUGGUUACGUAUAGGCGUCAUUUGCAUCGUUUCGUCCUUUGUCAUCAUUUGUUUUUCGGCUGUUAUUUAUCAGUUUCGAUGGAGAAUGGCAUAUUUUUUCUAUCGAAAACUAAAAGUGAACUAUUUAAUCGAAUCGGACGACGUUGAAUUCAAGUAUGACAUCUUCGUUGCAUAUGCAUCCGAUUGCUGCGAAUGGCUAAUAGGUUCACUUCUACCAAUACUAGAAAAGGAAUGGAAAUUGAGUGUUUGUGUUAAAGAUCGGGAUUUCCCGGUAGGGGUAGAUCGAGCAGAUACUGUCAUCAACAGCAUGCGAAAUAGUAAAUUUAUCAUUUUCAUAAUUACACCAGGCUUCAUCAAAAGGCAAUGGGGAAAGUUCGAGAUUGAAAUGGCUAAAUAUGAAAUGUUCGAGCAAAGAAAACAAAAGCGCAUUAUUGUCAUAAUGAAAGAUGGGACGUCAAAAGAAGACGUUCCUAUUGAAUUUAGUAUUAUAUGGAAAGAUGUAAUUAUGAUCGAAUGGCCUGGUGAUGAUAUGAACGCAGAGAAUGUGUGGUAUGAUCUGAAAUUGCAAUUAAGUUGAUCGCAGUACUAGGUUUUUAACACUUGUUGAAAAUUAAUCUAUAAAUUUAAUUGUUAGCAUGUAGAUACUGCUAUAAGAGUGGGAUUUUGACGCUAAAAGAGAAGGUUACAGACGAAUCAUUGUAUUUUCUAAUUUAAACUGAUUUAAAAACAUAAUUCAAUAGUUCAUUUUUACGAUUUUUACUAAUGAAAGAUUAUUUUUUGAAAGAUAAUUGUUUUUUUCCUUCGAGAGUUAACUACUGUUAAAUAAAAAGAAUUCUAUUUUUCUUAUUGCACUAUCAUUGACCCAUUGACCACUUGUCAUGAGAAAAGCAAAGAAUUAGAAGAGUUUAGACCAGUGCAUUAAAUCAAAUCUCAAAAGUUGUUAUUGUCCUGUCUAGGUCCACCUCCUCAUCGGCUAGUUUAAAGGAGACCAAGUUUUUAUUUGCCAAACCUUAUUUAUCCUUUCCUUGCUACCAUUCCAAGUGUUAACCACUCUGCUGAGGGUACCUAUUUUUUUCAGAAUAAGUAUUCCAGAAAUAUAUGCCACUGGAUGCUCUGUCUUUUCAUUUUCUUGACAGGUGGUAUUUUUCUCUGAAAUACAUAUGCUAAAAAAAAUUUGUUAUCAGAAUUUUAAUCCGCAAAAUUCUGUUGUGACCAUAACCUUAAAUCAAUUUUGAGCCUUUUUUACUCCGACAAGUGGUAAAAUCUGAUUUAUUGCUCAACAAUAUUGCCCUGAAACUAUCAUAUCAUUAAAUGGUCUCCUGAGAGACACUGUGACCAUGACCUUUCACCUUCUUGCCCAACAAUUUAUAG